AACAGUAUAAAAUUAACUCGUCUACGUCAUGUGCUUGUCAACCUAAUAAUUUUUUUUACAUUAAUUUUAGUUCGAACGUCACAUUUAUUUUUUUCAAAAAUUCACUUAAACCGUCAAUUAAUUAAUUGGAAAACGUGUGUUAAGUUCCUACCUGAAAUGAACGCGAAGAAACCACCGAAACAGCGCCGCCGCGCAGUCCCCAAGGUCAACUCCAAAGGGGAGAAGGGAAGUUUGCACCAUAUUAACAGAAAUGUUGGCAAAUCGAAGACUAUUGGAGCUAAGAGGGUUACUCUUCUCCCUGGUUUCCUGAUAAACGGAUUUACGUCAGGCACAGUAAAACGAGCAAGAGACUUAUUUUUAGGACGUCCCCCCACUCAAAAAGUCCAAACCAGAGAACAUUUGCUCACGGAGAACUUAGAAGCUUUUUUGGAACAAAAAAGCCAGAACCUAAGACGUUCCCAGAGAAUAAUAGAAAAGCAGGGUGACGAAAAUAGCCACUUUUUUAAAUCCAGUGGAAGCAAUUCGCUGUUUGAGGAUCAGGAUAUCGAUAUGCGAGUUGUAAGUCCCGUGCCAACCAGCUGUAUUAAAUCGAUUCUAAAGAAGAAACCUAAAAGUAUAUUUAAGCAGAUCAGCGAAAAGUUUUCCAAAGUACAAAACGAGCGUAUUAGAGAAGAAGAAGAAGAAAAUUGCUACAAAGAUCCUGUAGAAGAAGCCCAAGAAGCCUCGAACUUGUCAACUCGUUUUGAUGAAAAUUUCGCCUCGCUCCAUCACGAUUCAUUGCAAUACAAUGACAAGCUUUGCGAAAAUAUUAUUAAAAAGAUGCGGGUCACUUUCAGAAAGAACAUCUCAGACGAGUGUCAGCAGAACAUCAAAAAGCAAAUAAAGCGGACCAACGCAGCUCUGGAGGGCAAAUCCAUCACUAAAACUGAAACCAAUUCCGACGACACUCAUUCCGAAGAAGAGCAGUACGAAACGUGCUCCCCCCUUCCACCCGCGAAAUGGGUUUAUUACACACCGGGAAAACAAAAAGCCAAAAUAUUGCCGUCGAUGACGCAAAAUCCGCUACAACCGGCAGUUAUGUGCCAACGGGACUUGUUCGAGUUUCGUCCAGGAUGCGCCGUCAAUUAUGCGUCUCCUCAAAACAUACCUGUGGAGAACAAUGGGUUUUUGAGGCGGGUGACCAGUAUGAAGGACACCCCCGCACCAUAUAGAGUGCCGCCCGUCGAUCAAGUCAUGGGUUAUAACGGUUAUUAUGAUCAGUACGUGUAUCCAGGCCAAGUACAAAAUAAAACGGUCGUAAUGCCCCCACCAAACAAUUUGAAUCCGAUGUAUGUCGACUACCAUUUAAUCCAAAAUCGAGUAAUGAUGCCCCCACCGCCGCCACCGCCAUUAAACGACUUCUGCGAGCAAUUAAACGAUCUGACGUUUGUCGAUACCGGAGACAACAAUUAUCAGCCGCAAGCGGUUUAUCAAUCAAAUAGGCAGAGCGGCGAGGAGGUCCAGGAUUAUCGUAAGUGGAACGCGAAACCUGAAGAGACCGGCAACAUGUUCGAUUUCAGUAAGAAUCCUGAUAAUAAUUUGUUUAAUUUCGGUGUAAUGUAAUGAUCUAAAAAUAUGAUUUUUUCAUUUGUGUACAAUUCCAUGUCAUAGGAGUUAAAUUAUAUUAAGUAUUAAAUUAUAUUAAUAAAUUGUGAAAUAAUAUUCUA